AGCCAGUCUGUGACCACCAGUGGAGAAGCUGCCUGCAUGGAGCUGCAGACACAGACAGCUGUUGUGGAACUCCUCAUAAGCCACGCAGAUGUUCUCUUCGGCUCCAAAUCCACACCAGCCAAGGGAGAGGGAGCAGGGCACAGUUCUCUGUCGGGGUCCAAGUCUGCGUGGGAGUCUCCUACUGUCACACAACUGCUCACCCUGCAGGAGGCACAGGCUCGGAGAAGAGGCCAGAGCAGCUCUCCUGCUGUGGCACAGAACUGCGAUGACAUUGAGGUGGAGGAAGGCCCCGCAGCGGUACUGGGAAGGUUCCACACAGUCAUCAAUUUUUCAUCUGAAAGGUAAAGAGGAAUUCCCUUUUCUGCCCCUAUCAUCAUUGGUCGGGUGGGUUUUAUCGGUUUAAUUUUUCUCCAUUAUAUCUCCGAGGACUCAACAAACAUACAGUUGCCCGAGGGGGUCAACGGAGCCACACAAGGGUUCCUUUCCUUCCUGGUUGGGCAGGCAGUCACGAGAUGCAGACAGCCACUCUGACGUCUUUCCUGGCCUGUGCUGGCUGUAUCAGAAAGCACUGGGGAUUUCCAGAUUUCCAGGCCGCGUGCCUGAAAUCAAUUGCAUUUCUCCUGUAAGCAGACCUGUUGGUCGGAGUUGCUGGCAUUAGAAAUUAAAGAUGGCAGUGAGCUGAGGCCGAGGAGUUAUUAGCGUUAAGAGUCAGAGAUGCUUUUGAACUUCCCUUAUGGCUGCACGGUUCCUCAGAAAGAUAUUAUGCCUGCCAGCUCCUGUCCUGUCCGGCUGUGGAGCCUUUGCUCACAUGCUCCGCAUCUUGCUUGACAUGGUUGAGAGGAAUGUAGCCAGCAGGACUUCAGGGCUGAGCUGUGGGAAUGGAAGCGUCCUCUGCUGUUUGAAACAGAGCACGUUUCUAAGCUG